UGGACAUUGUGUUUUCAUGGAACAUGAACUGCAGAAGUGAGAUAAGCCGUUAUCUCCGAUUCGUCAACGAAACAAUAAGGGUCGGACGGUAUCUGCUGGUUUGUACGAACCGACAAUGGUGUACACAGUACGAUUAGGUCUAGUUUUAACCAGCGUUAUUGUGCAAGCGAUCAGAGGAUGUCCGAACGGUUGGACAGCUUUCAAUGAUUCCUGCUAUUUGGUAUCCUUUCAUAAGGAAGAUUGGUCAGCCGCGUCGACUGAUUGUCACUCCUACCAUGGUUAUCUUGCUGAGGUUUUAGAUUCGAACGAGAAUAACUUCCUGACUGAAUUGGUCACACAAUAUCAAAAACACGAAGACUACUGGUUGGGCGCUACCGACAUAUUUGUGGAGGGAGACUGGCGAUGGAAUGUAAAUGGUCAACAUUUAAAAUACACCAACUGGCAACACGGGCAGCCAAACAAUCUUCACUCCCAUGGCGAGGACUGUUUAGCGGCCCACUAUAGUAGCUCCCACGUCCAAUGGAGAGAUUAUGCAUGCACGUCGAAACAUUAUUUCAUUUGUGAGACAAGAGGCAGAUGGAUAACGUUCGGCUGAAUGUCAAUCAAUGCCCUUACAAAAGUAUAUGGUAUCAUAUAAAUAAUUUGUAUUAGAAGUUUUUCCUGUAAUAUGUAUUAACUCCAAACUUGUUUAUAUGCGUAUGUUUAAUAGACUGACGGCAAAAAUCGCAAAAUAAUAUAUGUUAUCUUGCUUAAAUUAUUAAAGAAUGAAUAAAACGAAUUUGAAUGAUUCACAAUACAUUGGAGUGGUAUAGAAUGCUUUGCCUUUUAUGAAAUGGAAGCGGGAUAUUUUACUUUAAAUAUAUUUCAAAACAUUGUCCUAUGUACAAACUGAAUUCAAUAAAUUAUCUGUUUUUAUAA